AUGGCGGAUUGCGCUGCUGCAGGCCAGGGCUGUUCAACACACCACGGGCCUGCAGUUCUCGGAUUGCUAAUUACUGCGUAUGAUGGCGGCCCGCGAGCGAGAUAUGCCAGCACGGUUACCUACCGAUUGGAGACUGGCUCCGUUUCGCCAGGAGAUGAGCUGUGGAUUGGGGCCCCGGUGCUAUCUCUGACGGUGACAACGUUUGGCUACACCUCCGUCUCGAAACCUCUUGAGACUCCCAGCAACCACUUCGGCCACGCUAUGCCUGUUGCAUCGAGUCAGCCGAAUGUCAAGACUCGAAAAUCGAUGGAAGGUCAGUUCAUGCUCCACAAAAGCAUGUCUGCGACUACAACCCAGUCGUCGCAUUGUCGCCCUCCGGACAUGGAUUUGCCAUCCAUUAAGUGGCCUGUCCGGAACUUCAUCCAUCCAUGUCAUCCUCGCGCGGAUGAAAGGACGACACGGGACUAUCGCCGCCGCCUCCUGUCUAAUGGCCUCAUGAAGGCGAUAGUGCAAGAGGCCAAGCUUCUAGAAACCAACGUGAACCCUCGCUCGCUCGAACUCCUUUUGGACACUGGCAGGACUGGUAUGGCGAUAUGGAAAUUUGUGGCUGCGCCUAAACCUGGGGUAUUGGCAGCCUGCUAUCCUGGGUUGUUUGAGCAGGUAUGCGCCGUGGAAAGAAUAUUGUUCGAAGCCCUUCAGCGUGCGAUAAUGGCGGCUUCCACCAGCAGAUCAAACCAGAAUCCAAAGAUGCAGAGAAACAUGGCCCGAGAACACCCCAGCUGCCUCCACUUGAAGGCAUGGAAACACGCGGAGGGACGAAGUAAAAGCGAUCUGAGCGCAAUGUCGCCAGAGAUCAACCAAGUUGACGGUGGUGUUUGUGGAAAGAUGAUCGGCGCUGUCUUGCCAAGUUGCUGGUCGGGCCAUGCAAGCUCGGGCGGCGCAAGAGCCAGUAUGAGUUUGGGCCGGUGCGAAUACCGCGACUACUCAUGCGCUAUGGCCUUGAAGCGUUACCGGUCAACGAAUCAAAGCUGCCUCGCGCCAGAGCCACCAGUCGCUACAGCCUACCAAGCACUGCCAGGGGAAGGAUUCUCUGUCUCUCGAUCAUCAAGGAGUAUGUCGUGGACUGGUCGCUCUCUGUGCGUUGCAUGGUCAAGACUCGUGAGAUCUGACGUGGGCCACGCAACGUGCCUGGCGGUUGUCUGGCUAGAGGAGGAGUCAAGUCAAGGCGUUGAGUUAUGGCAGAAGCAAGUAAGCCAAAGUUCAGAUGUCAGGGCUAGGCGUCUUGGCUCAAACCCGGGAUGGAAGGGAUGUAGGUAG